AUGACAACCGAUGAAGCCAUAUUCUGGCCAGCCUUCAACUGGAAUGCCAAUCCGUGGAUUCUGGAUAAAAGAGGUAACACCCUGAGUCGGAAGAAAUUCGACAGGAUACAAAGUUGCACGGUGGAAGCACUACAUAUCACACGUACCACUGACACUACCUACGAGUUCUCAAUUCCCGUUGAGGGAGAAGCGAAAUAUCAACAAGCAAAGCUGCGCAGGUGGGGUCUAGCUAUCCUACUUAGUGCGCCAUCGAUCGCAGUUGGGGCAGUACUACAGGUGACGAACAAACUUACACUGCGGCAUCCACCCACGCUCGUGAAGGGCUUUAUCUGGUAUAUCUUGCAGGAUGGAAGAGCACGAGGAUCGAGGCCUCCUGGUACAGAAGCCGAAACAACAACAAUCACGUUGGAGCAGAUGCCCAAUGGCAUAACAUGGAUACCAGUAACAUCAAGUCCAGCGGAGACCCAGCCACAGGAGGAAUAG